AUGGCUAUGGAAAUUUCACAUCCACGGCGUAUUCUAGCUGUUAGUAGACCAGAUUCUGGUCUUGUAGACUUAUUGAAAGGUCUCACGGGUUCUGCGCCUGCUCUCACAGGGGACUCCAUCGCAGGUGUAACCCAUGACUGGUCUAUCAAAACUAAUUACUAUACCGCAAGUGUUCCAAUAUGGCUUGAUGAGAUACAUGAGCCAGAAAUAUGGUGUAAGGAAUUUUUGGCACCAGAAGCUCGAGAAGUUCUGACGGUUCUUGGUGCCUUUAUUGUGUGUUUCCGAAAGCCUGUCGAUGAAGCUGAGUUACAAGCUUUUAAGGUUCUUUUGGAGAGUGUGGCCGAGGUUGUCAAGGAGGGUUGUGGGUAUACUUGGGAUGGCGUUUGUUUGGCCGUGGCUAUGCCACAGUCUACGACUCCAUACCUGGAGAAAAGCUUCGACGAGUGGGAAGAAUUGUGCCAAGAGCAUGGCUUUGAAUUUAUUGAUUUUGAAAGCAAAGGUCGAAAUGAAUACUCAGGUAAAGUAACAAUUCCAAUGAAGUUUAGUGUUUUAUUAUUGACACCUGUAGAACCUAUGGGUCUCGAAAGGUUGAAGGAAGCUUUAGAAGCCAAUGAAUGGGAAGGCGGCGAUGAUGAUGGGGAAGGUAUUGACCUCGGAGACUUCGAGGAUGAUGGCGAUGAUAAUAAAAGCAUCGGAUUCGGAAUCGAAGCCGCUGAGUUGGAAAUGGAAAUGUUCGGUAUGAAGCAAGCAAUCUAUGGCAAGUCUUCCGAAAAGACGAACCCUGAAGAAGAAGUCGAGAAUGAGGAUGGAGUAGAGCAGCUCGAAGCUUUAAUGUUGAGAAUGCAAGCAGUCAAAGAUAUGGGUGCGGAUUUGCCAGAAGCUGAGAGGAAGAGGUUUGCUGCGAAAGCCGUUAAUGAUUUGAUGAAAACUUUAUAA